AUGCCUCCUCAACAGCAAGCGGCCGACGGCGCCGCAGAAGAGGGCACUCGCCAGCAGUCAUGGGAGGACCGGCUCUGGAGCAUCGGCAAGAGUAUGGCAAUCUUCAUCGCGAUUCAGUUCGCGAUGAGACAGUUCAUGGGCGGCGGUAGUAGCAAGCCCGCCGUGGUACCAGAAAAAGUCACGCCGGCCGAGGGAGCAGCACAGCAGGGAGAGGCCUUCGAUUACAGCGUCGUCCCGCAGAGUGUCUACCCGAUGUGGCCAGCAAACACCAGCCUGGACGUCAACAUGUACAUCUCCGACAGCGUGGUUAUGCCCCCCUUCCAGGCCAUGUCUGCGGGAAGCUUGAUCAUCGAGGAGCGUGGCUUUGCGCUGGAGAAGAGCAAGAAGGAUUUCCGCGAGAUCCAUACCUCCUUCUCUGUGCCAAAAGCCGUCCAGAACAAUGGUACUUUGUGGGCACACAUCUUCGUGGCUCAGAGCGGCGCUGAGUUGGAUCCAAGUAAACCUGGCUACGAUACAGCGAAUGCAUACCGGAUGCUACGGCCAGUCACCUCGUAUCUGUCAAAGAAGAAGGUCGUGAAGACUCGGAACUUGCUUGGGGCUGCUCAGAACGAGACCGAACUUGGAGAGGACCCUGAGGAGGAACAGCCCUCGUCCGGACCAUCGAUCGCUUCUUACUACCACCCCAACUUCACCCUCUCGUUCAUCCCUGACUCGGGUGUCGUCGGCUACCCCAACAUGCACCCGGCAUUAAGGCAGUUCUACGUUCUCGACCCGACAGGUGCUCGUGACGAGAGCGGCAAGAACGGCUUCUACUACCCGCUCUGCUAUCUCAACACUUUCUGGCAACUCAAGUCUCACAUGACCGAGCUGAACAGCACGUUGCCAGUCGAUCGUCUUGAUAUGAAUGUUGCUCUCUCCACGCUCGCGAACUGGCAGUUCUCUAUCAUGGCCACCAUGGAUGAAGGCAUGAAAGAGACUGCGCGUAAAGCCGCGCGAGGCGAAUCCACACCAGGCGGCGGUGAUGGCAGCGAGAUGGAGCUCAUCAAGGAGACCCUUCUCGACACGAAUCCAUUCCUUCUUGGCACGACGGUCAUCGCCACUCUGCUGCACAUGGUCUUUGAGAUGCUCGCCUUCAAGUCCGACGUCGGCCAUUGGCGCAAGAAGAAGGACAAUGUCGGUGUGUCCGUCCGCACUAUCCUCUCCAACGUUGUGAUGCAGAGCAUCAUCCUGCUUUACCUCCUCGACAACAACGAGAGCACGUCAUAUAUGAUUCUCUUCGGACAGGGUGUCGGCAUAGCAAUCGAAGCUUGGAAGAUCACCAAGACUGUUAAUGUUCGUGUUCGGGAGCCAGCGCAGGACAGCUUCUUUUAUGGCAAGCUGCCUUACACUGUUAUCUUCGAAGACAAGCACGAGCUCUCCGAGACAGAAGAGAAGACAGAAGAAUACGACCGCAUUGCCUUCAAGUGGAUGGGCAUCGUCGCCGUCCCUCUCCUCCUCGCCUACGCCGUCUACUCCCUCAUCUACGACACUCACAAGAGCUGGUACAGCUUCAUCAUCACCACCCUCGUCGGCUCCGUCUAUGCCUACGGCUUCCUCAUGAUGGUGCCAAGCUUAUACAUAAACUACCGCCUCAAAUCCGUCGCCCACAUGCCCGCUCGCACGAUGAUGUACAAAUUCCUCAACACCUUCAUCGACGACCUCUUCGCCUUCACCAUCAAGAUGCCGCUGCUGCACCGCCUCGCCACCCUGCGCGACGAUGUCAUCUUCUUCUUCUACUUGUAUCAGGCAUGGGCGUACAAGGUGGAUUACACAAGAGUGAAUGAGUUUGGACAGGGCGGGGAUGAUGAGGGGGUGGAGGAGAAGAAGGCUAGUGAGCCGUUGAAGGGGGAGGCUGGGGGAAAGGGUUUGAGCGAGUUGGGGGAUAGAGUUUCGAAGGAGGGAAAGCAGAAGGCGAAUGGGGCGGUGAGCAGUGGGAAGGAUGCUGGGGGUGGGAGGAAGAGGAAGGGGUAG